GAUUAUUCUCACCUCCAACUCUGAAAACUGUAAAUUGGUGACCAAGAAAUUCAACUGUAGAUUUGAUGUUCUCACCAAAUCCCCAAUUCCCUCAAAACCUAAUCUGAAUUUACAAUCGAAUUUCGAAGCAGAAUUUCAGCUCAAAUGUCAAGCGGCGGUUGGAGCAGAGCUUUCGGAAAUGCGAGGUCCUUUGUCGGCAAUUCAAUGGGCGGUCUGAGGGGCAGCAGCAGUUUAGCUUCCUGGGUCGUCGCCGGAACCCUAGCUUAUUACCUAUGGAUCCGACCUUCUCAGCAGCUCCGGAGAGAACAACAGGAAAAGGCGGCGUUGGCGGCGGAAUCCGACCGUUAUCGCUACGUUGAGAAGAGAAAACCGAUUCCCGAUCCUCAGGAAACUGGAUUGGUGUAUGGGAAUAAAAACAGAGAGAAAAAAUCUGAGUAAAUUAUUUGAGUAAGUUAUGUUAGGUUGCAAAAUCAUCUGAGAAAUUUUGAUCUUUGUUUAUCGGAGUCGAGUUUGAAUAAACGAAAAAAAACAUAAGCGUUUAUACACGAUAGAUGUUGACUGUUCGAAUUGGCUGUCUUGUAUUUUUAUUAAGUUGUUUCAUACUUAGCAUGUUGAAUCAUGUACAUAGCAUAAUGUGAUCGAUUCGGAUGAUUAUGAUUUUUUUUUUAUCUUCUUUAUUUAAUAGAAUAGUAAACUCCGAGAUAAAA